AUGUUUCGAAACAGGACGACGUCGCAGAAGCCCAGCGACGAGCUGUACCGUGACUUCAAGGCCAAUUUCCCCAGCCUCUCGACCACCAACCCGCCGACAUCGAGCGCGCCGGCCCAGACACAGCCGAUGACAUCGCUCGCAGAGGCGCUCGACGUGCCGAUUAACCCGCGGUCCCUUGACAAUAGUCAGCCGCACGAUAUCAAGGAUGCAGACCCCACCCCAAGAGGCUCCAACGAAGCGUGGAAUUUUGGAACCUCUGGACUCACACCGUCUCUCAUGGAUCCAAACAGCAACAGCUUUAACAUGUUCGCGAACCAGUUGCCGGGCUACUACACGCCCACGCCCGGCGGCACCAACACCCUCUACCACAGCCAGGCCGGCGACCUCCACACGCCGGGCCUCGGAGUGGGACUCAACACGCCAUUGUCAAUGCCAACUUCAGAGGGCGCCUUGCAUGCUGGACAGCAAGCCGCGCAGUUCAAUGGCUUCCACACUCAACUCCCGCAGCAUAUCCAGACGCAGCCUUUCCAGAAUGUCAACCCUUUCCAGAUGCACCACCAACCGCAGGCCUUCCCGCCGCAUCAGUUCACACAUCAGAACUCGUUCGAUGCGAUGGAGGGACCGGUUGGCGAGUCGCCUGUUGACGACCUUGGAAUGGACAUGGGCAUGAGCCAUCACCACUCGUCGCCUGAAAUGCUCUUCCAGCCUCCGAAUCUUCAAAACACGAUGCAACCACCCCCUUUACAUCCCUCUGGUGAUAAGUUUCGAUAUCAUGUCACACUCAACGCGCCCACCGCCAUGAUCAAGCACGCAGACGAGAUUCCCGUCACAUACUUGAACAAAGGGCAAGCGUACACUAUCAACGUAGUCGACACACAGCUUCAACAAGGCGCGCCCGCUGGAAAGUACCGAACUUUCGUGCGUGUGUCUUUCGAAGACGAGCAACAACGAUUGAAGCCGGCAGCCUGCUGGCAGCUUUGGAAGGAGGGCCGCGGUACGAACGAGGCCCACCAAAGAGGCGGUCGGUUGCAGGCUGUAGAGUAUGUCGACUCGGGUCAAAGUGGAGGCGCCGAAGAUCCCAGCAAACCCAAGAUCGAACUCGAAAGCGCUUCAUUUGACGGCUUUUGCGUGCUCUGGACUCCUUCUGCUGGCGCUUCGGAAUGCCCCAUCUCAGUUCGAUUCAACUUCCUCUCGACCGAUUUCAGCCACUCCAAAGGUGUCAAGGGCAUUCCAGUCAGGCUGUGUGCUAAGACUGAGGCUGUCGAAGAUCUAGCGAUGGGAUCAGCAACACCAACUGGCCCUGAAGUCUGCUACUGCAAGGUGAAGCUGUUCAGAGACCAUGGUGCCGAGCGCAAGCUUUCCAACGAUGUCGCGCACGUCAAGAAGACCAUCGACAAGCUCAACCAACAGAUUGCCCAGAUCGAAUCCGGUAUGCGCGAUCUUGGGAAGAGGAAACGGAGCGCUUCAAUGGCGAAGGGCCUCGACAAUCGACCUGGCAAAGUCCCCAAGCAUCGGAGAACGUGGUCGAUGACCUCUGUGACUUCGAACGGCGGCAGGGGUAGCGCAGAAGAGGAUCUUCACAUGAAGCUCAUGACACUGCAAGACAUGUUCACAUCGACAAGGCCUGCGAGUGUGCUUUACUUGCGCGGUGAUGAAGGAGACGAUCCUGACAUUCACCCGGUGAAGCUCACUGGGGAGCAAGAGCUGGUCAGAGGCGAUUCUGGCGAAACCUCCGGUAGCAUCUGGGAGAAGCAAAGCCAGACCGGCGCAAACUCGUCGAUGGUAUCGCCUACACCGAGCUCGAACUCGCUGGUCGGCAGCCGCAAAGACUCGACAAUGCAGCAGCCGACACCGAUCGGGGGACCGUCGAGAGUCAACUCGAAUGAGUGGAGGAAUAAUCCUCAGACUGCGACGAUGGACAUUCAGCCGACGAUCUCUGAGCACCUGCAAAGCCCUCCCGAUGGGAAUCCAACCAAGAUCAAGACGAGAUCUCCAAAGGAUGGCUCUGUCUCUGGCUGGAUCGAAGCACUGGGCGUCGACCACACAUAUCAGCCACCUCCAGAGCGAACGGUGAAACCGGUUGCAUCCUUCUUCGUUCAACCUCGUAUCAUCGGCAUGACACCUCCAGACAACUUCUACCGGGCAAUAUACCUCACCAAGCGCACCCUCAAAGACUUCACCAACGCGAUUGCCAUGAAAUGCAACAUCGAACCCACCGACAUCCUGCGCACAUACCGAAUCAACAGGGAUGGACUGCAGAUCCUCUUCGACGACGACUGCGUCCGCGAACUGCCAGAAGGCCAGGACAUGACAGCUGAAUUCAGCGAGAUUCAGGAAGAAGACACCAACACGCCAGUAGUGAAACCCAAGCGGGAAUGGGAUUCGGGAGCCUCCGAUAUCCAGUGCGAUGGCGAUUUAUCCACGGUCGAGAAUGUCAACACCAGCGGCUACGAACUGAAGCUUCUCUUUUGA